UGACACCCCCACCCUGCUGGACCCUCUUUCUGAGAUUUCCAAGGACCACCCUGCAAAAUACUGCGCUCGCCCAGGCAGGUCCGCGCCAGGGUCCGACGCAUCGGCAGGCUCAGGCCCCCCGGCGCCCACUCUCGGCUCUCCGCCUCCAGCUCGCCCAGGCCCGCGGCCUGCUCGGACAAGAUGCGAUUGUAAGAGCCGGUUGACUCGUCGCCAAUCACGAACUCGCACGCGCGCCGGGCCGGCGCGCUCGCGGGGCAGACUCCUGGACUUCUCCUCGGUAGCAAGACAGCCUCGAGGCCUGGACCUUCUGCCGGUAGCCCUCCCUGCCGCGCGGCUAGCGAGGCUUCCCCUGCCAGAGGUCCAGGGGCCGCAGCAGCAGGACGUUUUCCUGGGAAGGCCCCGCAACGGCUCCGGGAUCUCGGCCAGCGUCGGGACGGGGCGGGGCCUGUGGCAGCGCUUGCAGGGCCGCGACACCGGCGCGAGGUCGGGCCAGCCCAAGCUCCUCUGCGUCAGCUUCUCCGGGGUGCGCAUGCCGCAGCGCUCGCAGACAGACCGACUUCCAUGGUGGAGCCAGGCCGCCCCGGCCCACUCCGCGGGAGACAUCCACAGCGCGCAGGCCUCUGGGUUCGCCACGCCGUUGCGCCGCAUCCAGCGGUGGACGCCCUGCGGGAUCUCCCUCUCGCGCUGCUCCCCGUGGCCGCUCUUGACCCGGACGACGCUGCGGGAGACGAUGCCGAGCAGCGCAGCCCGGGCGCGCCAAAAGGCAGCGACCUUGUCGCAGGUCCAACCGUAGAGCCCGCCGCAGCGUUGGCGCUCACGCGGCAUGAAGGGCAGACAAGCGCCUCGGAAAAGAAGGUGUGACUCUGGCUGGAGGCAACCAGCGGCGCGGUUUCCUGGGCACACCCUUCGGCGGCGACCGCCGCGGGUUUCGGGGAGACCCCUUCCGCCACAACGCAGGCACGACAGCAAAACCAAGGAGCGAGCGGAUCGCCGAAGACCUUCAGCCGAAACGGCCACGGAGACCUGCCCGAGGGAGAAGCGCGGACACCCACGAGGUUGCCACUUACUGAGUAUCAGAGCUGGCUAUUUUCGUUUUUCGAGCGUCGUCCACAAG